UAAGACAGCUGCAUUACUGCGGAAUGAUGUGAGACAUCUGGUGCCUGUUCUAGUGCAAUAAGUACAAGAAGCAUGCGGCUGCCCCAUUUGCAGGGAUUUCUGCUGGUUGUGAUAUGCCUGGGCUCAUAUUUCGGAUCCUCAGAGAACAGCCCGUUUCCUGACAUCACUGACGAGAAGUUCAUCAAUGACUGUGUGAGGAUACACAACGACAACCGUUCCUCUGUGAAUCCACCAGCCAGUAACAUGCUCUACAUGACGUGGGAUGAGGGCUUGGCCAUCACGGCAAGAGCCUGGGCAAGGCACUGUGUCUUUGAGCACAACAUCUACCUGAGAGAUGUCAGACGGGUCCACCCGGUCUUCUCCUCCGUGGGAGAGAACAUCUGGGCAGGAGCUCCACCCUCCACGUUCUCCGUAAUGAAAGCCAUGCGCCUGUGGGUCAAUGAAGACCAAUAUUACAAAUAUGAAAGCAACGUGUGUCAACAAGGAAAAAUGUGUGGACACUACACACAGGUUGUUUGGGCAACGAGCUACAAGGUUGGUUGCGCUGUCCAAAUAUGCCCGAAUGGCAUCGACAAGACUACUUUUUCUGGACAAAUAGGAGCCAUAUUUGUUUGCAACUAUGCCACUGCGGGGAACAUGAAUGGGUUGUUACCAUACCAAACGGGGACAGCAUGCAGUGCUUGUGAGGGUACAAACAAUCAAUGCCAGGCCAAGCUCUGCCGUGAUCUAAAGCGAGACCAACUGAAAAGUUACAGUUGGACCCCUGACUGGGACCCUGUCCGGGCUACCAGGGACCCCUCUCUGGCAACAGAGGACCCCAACCUGACCACCUGUGGUUCCUCCUGCAUUGCCAUAUUGGCCCUUCGGAUCGCGGCUCUUCUCCUUACCUUUGUCAUAGCCUUAAAAGUGCACAGAUUUUACCCAAGCAUCUUUUUCUACGAGUAGCUCAGAUGUUUUAAUGAUCAAUUGCCCUUACUUCAUGGUGUCUUUUUCAAACUGCUGUCAACCAAAUUCCCAUUAAAUAAUUGAUGUUCUGCUACUACC